AGUUGAUGUAACUUGGAGAAAACGGUAGAUCUCUUCCAUCAAGUGGUCGAUCACUUUUCAAGAAAAUGGUCGACCUCUUCUACCAAGUGGUCUACCACUUGAGUCAUCUGGUCUACCACUUACGGAAAUGGGUCGAUAUAAUGACACACUUACCUUCAAGCGGUCAACCUCUUCUACCAAGUGGUCUACCAUUUGAGUCAUCCGUUCUACCACUUUCGGAAAUGGAUCGACCUGAUGACACACUUACCUCCAAGCGGUUUAACACCCUCCCUCAAAUUGAUGGUAUUGACGCAACAUCAAUUUGUGAGCUAGAAACCAAUGGUGAGCAGGAGCCACAACCUUGAUCGACAAAUCUGUCGUGUGAUCUUCAUAAGCAAUAUAAGAAAGCUCAAUGAUACCUGCUGUAACCAGUUGUCGGAUGUAAUGGACAUGAACCUCUAUGUGUUUAGUCCUAUCAUGAAGAACAGGAUUAGUAGCAAUUCUGAUAGCACUCGUGUUAUCAACAUAUAGUCGAAUAGGAAGAACACACUGGACACCCAAAUCAGCUAACAGUCGCUAAAGCCACACAAUUUUGGACGUGACCUCACUCAUGGAGCGAUACUCUGCUUCUGUAGACGAUUUAGAGACUCUCUCCUGCUUCCUGCAGCGCCAGGAAACAAAUGACUUCUCAAUCUUCACACACCAACCUGAAGUGGAACGUCGUGUAUCCAAACAACCAGCUUAAUCAGCAUCUGCAUAAGCCUCCAUAAUAGGCUCACCACCUGGUGUACCCCGAAGAGAGCGCAGAAUGUGCUGAACUGCGACCCGGUGCAUCGUCCGUGGAGCAGUCAUGUACCGACUAACCACCUGUACAACAUAAGCAAUAUUUAGCUGAGUAUUAGUCAAAUAAAUGAGACUACCAACGAUACUACGAUACAUAAUACCAUUGGACAACGGAUUUCCUGCAUCUUGGCAAAGUUUGAGAUUCUGCUCCAUGGGGGUCCACACGACUCACACUCGUCCAUCUGGGCCUCUUCUAGGAGAUCCGCGACAUACUUGCGCUGACUCACAUGUAGUCCUGCCGCAGAACGAGUAAUUUCAAGCCCCAAAAAAUAAUAUAAGUCCCCAAGUUCGUUAAGAUGAAAAGCAUUCCGCAGAUCUGCAGUUAAGGACCAUAUCAUCAACAUAAAGCAACAAGACAGUAAGUCCAUUCGUAUUAGAGAGAAGAAAAGGGAAGGAUCAUUAUCACUCUGAAUGAACCCCGAAUUAAAAAUCGUCGACUGAAACUUCUCAAACCACGCUAUAGGUGCCUACUUUAUGCCAUAAAGAGAAUGUCGCAAUAAACAGACCAACGAACUGUCACCUUUAGCAUAGCAGGAGGCCACUCCAUGUAGAUCGUUUCCUUUAAAUCCCCAUGUAAGAACACAUUUUUGACAUCCAGUUGUAGCAGACGCCACCCCUUCAUGGCGAUAAUAGCAAGCAAACUGCGGACCGUCUGCAUUUUGGCAACGAGAGCAAAUGUUUCAUCAUAGUCCACGCCAUAUUGUUGUGUAAAACCCUGAGCAACAACCCUUGCUUUACGACGUUCAAUCGAUCCAUCCGCAUUUUCCUUGAGAGCAUAAACCCAUUUACUAUCAAUCACUGAUAUUUCAGGUCAGCGAGGUACCAAAUCCUACGUAUGUUGAGUCUCAAGAGCAUCAGUUUUAGUCGUCAUAGACUUCUCCUAUUCAUCUAUGUCGCGUGUUUAUUUAUAGGUGGUCGGGACAAACACAGAAGAAGUGGCAGAGAAGGCCACGAAAUCAGAGUGGCAAGCAGGGGGCACCCUUCCGUCAUUCGAGUCGAACGACGAAGGAGCGGUCCUGGUGACUCGCCUGCAGAGGAGCUCGUUGUCGUGCUAGAGCUAGAGGACGAAGAGGAGCUCCGUAAGGAGGAGCUCAAAGACUGGGAACUGGACGAUGAUGACUCGAACGAGAGAAUGGUGGAGGCCGGAGUGGGCAAUCCAUCAUCAUCGUUGUCACCUGCUGUUGGAGGAAAACUGGGAAUGGAAAUAAGAAAGUCCAGCUGCUGACUCGAUGGAGAGGUCGCAGAAUCAUAAUAAAGAUCAUUUUCAAGGAAGACAACAUGACAAGAAAUGCGAAGAUGUCGUGCAGCAACAUCGUAGCAUGCAUACCCUUUAUGCGUCUCACUAUAUUCAACAAAAACACACUUAGCAUCCUUGGACGAGAGUUUAUUACAGUCUCGACGAGGGAGGAGAACAUAGCAUAUGCAACCAAACACACGUAACCAGCCAUAGUUGGGAAGCCGCGAAUAGAGAACCUGGUAGGGACUGCACUGCACCAAAACCGGAGUGAUUUGACGGUUAAUGAGAUACACUACAGUAUGAACAGCUUCAACCCAAAAGCUGGUCGAAACAUACGAAUGAAACAACAAAGCCCGAGUUAGUUCCAAGACAUGGCGAUUCUUUCUCUCGACUAAUCCCAAUUGUUGAGACACACAUGGACAGGAUUGCUAAGGAAGAAUGCCCUUCUGACGAAAGAUAUCACGCAAUGGAUGAGAUGAGAACUCCCCACCAGGAUUUGAACUUAGAAUCUUGAUCACUUUACCAAAUUGGGUCGAAACCAUAUGAAUAAAAUCGCAAGCUACCUCAAAGAGUUAUGAUUUCUGCUUGAGAAAAUAAACCCAGGUGUACCGUGUCAGUGAUCAAUGAAGAGAGCAAAGUUAGGGGUGUUCAAACGGUGUGGUUACCAUGGUAACCGUUUUAACCAGUACUAUUUGGAUAUUUUGGUUUGGUUAAUUUGGAUAAUUGGUUUGGUUUGGUUAAAGUUUUUAGCUUGUUUGGUUUAGGUGGUUUGGUUUGGUUUCAGACACUCCUAAUCAGCCAAACCAAAUUAACCAGAUAAAUAAUUAGCCAUAUAUCUAAUAUAUACACAUACUUAAUACUUUGAAUAACCAAUCAAGAGUUAAACGGUCAUCCUUUUAGACUCAUAAAAUAUAAAGCUUGAUAUUGUUCCUAUAAUGUAUAUUUGUAUAUGUAGAGUGUAGACCACAACAUAUGAACGCCUAAUUUAGAUAAAUCUCACACAUUAUGUUGGAUGAAAACUUGAAAGCAAUGUCCUUUUUAGCCUAUGAAAAUUGCUAAAAGACUAAGUCAAUUCAAACAAACACAACAAUUCAUUAACUCAUACCAUUGUGAUAAUUUUUUGUUAGGUGAAUACUUCUAUACUAACCGUAAGAUAAUUCUCUUAGUUGCAUGUAUUUAUUUUAAGGGUCAACUGUAACUAUGUGUUGAUUGUUAUGUUUUAUUCAUCAACAGUAUAAUUUAUAGCUGAAAAGUAAAACUGCAACCCCCAUUCAAAAUUUCCUGCCCAUAGAGUGAUUUUAGGAAGCUGAUGUGCCAGAGUGUUAAGCGGGGAAAAAAGAGUCCCGCCUGAUUUCAGAACCAAAAAACUCUCCACUACCCACUUUUUUCUCCUUCCAGGCCCACGUUCUCAUUUAAUUUGUAUAAAAAAACUCUCCACUACCCACUUUUUUCUCCUUCCAGGCCCACGUUCUCAUUUAAUUUGUAUUUUUUAUUUCCGAUUUCCCUUCCUUCUACUCUUUCACCUCAUUCGAAUAAGUUUCUUGGCCCUCAGAAAACCAAACCUUGACUCAAUCAUCUGGUUCUUU